AUGCUUUACCACGAACACAUGCCUGGACUAUACCGCGUCGUUGGAUUUGAAGUGAAGCCACGCUCGAUAAAAUCUGUUCAAUUCAUAAAAGACGGGGAGUGCGCUGGACUUGAGAAAGAGACAAACUAUUAUGAAUUGAGAGAAGAAGACCAGCACAUUCAUUGGACCUAUAGUGUUACAUGGGAGCCCAGCGAUAUUCCGUGGGCUAGUCGAUGGGAUGUCUACUUGUCAGUCAAAGCAGUUGAUAUUCACUGGUUCAGUAUUCUCAACUCGAUUGUCGUUGUGUUAUCGCUGAGCGGUUUCUUGAGUGUGUCCAUUGUACGUACUGUGCGCCGUGAUAUCGCUCACUAUAACAAAGACGAAGCCGAGGACGACACUCUUGAAGAGACGGGUUGGAAACUUGUCCAUGGCGAUGUCUUUCGCCCUCCACCACAUCAGAUGAUUCUUGUGAACAUGGUAGGAACUGGCAUACAACUGCUUGGAAUGGUUGGGGUCAUUGUUUUCUUCGCAAUGCUUGGAAUGCUAUCACCAGCGAGCCGUGGAUCACUUAUGUCAGCGGCUGUGUUCCUUUUCUCUUUCAUGGGCCUUGUCAGCGGUUACCAAGCUGGUCGUCUAUACAAGACGUUGAAAGGUCGCAACCCAAUAAGAUGUGCAAUUCAGACUGGAACACUCUUCCCAUCGCUCAUUCUUGGAAGUGGAUUUGUGCUCAACUUCUUCCUUAUUGGCAAACAGUCAUCAGGAGCU